UGUGGUGUGGUUGAAAACCCUUGCAAGGGUUUCCUCAUAAUUAUUCAAUAAGCAGGUCAACAAACCUUGAAUUCUGUGAGUAUCUUAGUGCACUGACCCCAGAUCACUGACAACCAGUAUAAAGUACAAACACACGAGAUGGAACCUGAGUCAACAUUUUAUUGUAAAGCACAGUUCAUUUGCAUUUUGUUAAAAUUACGAACUACAGGUACAGUUUUCCCUUAAAACCAAUACAACUCCCAUUAUAACCUUUAAAACCAUUAUAAAAUCUAUUAGGUUUUCUGUUGGGGCUUUUUUCAGCAGGGAGACUUGGGACAACUCAAAUAUUUCUCUCUCUCUCUCUCUCUCUCACACACACACAUACACACUCAGUUCAGGUAGCAAAAAUCCAGCACAGGGGUUUUCACUUUUCCCGGCUCCUCCCCCCAGUGUGGUUUAGGACUGUGUUUAUACUUUGACUUAUGAUUUAUCUUAUGGUCAACUGGUGCACCUGGCAGCAGCUCUUUUUCCAAACCCGUGGUUCAUAUAGUCUAUACGACACGAUAAGCACUGAAAUGGAGGCAGGAUCCACUGUGAGUGCUGUGAGGAGCUUAAAGGUUUUGAUUGGGGAUGAGGUUCGACCUGCACUCAUCACCAUAAAGGAAGGGAAGAUUCAUAACAUCCUGCCUGAUCCAGGUGCUGCUACAGGUGGAGAGGUGCUGGAUGUGGGCAACAAUGUGGUGAUGCCAGGUUUAGUGGACUGUCAUGUUCAUGUCAAUGAACCGGGCCGUACCACUUGGGAAGGCUACUGGACUGCAACGCGAGCAGCGGCAGCAGGAGGAGUGACUACUAUCGUAGACAUGCCCCUCAACAGCAUACCACCAACUACAAGUCUUGUGAACUUCCGUGAAAAGUUACAAGCUGCCUCUGGACAGUGUUUUGUGGACACAGCAUUCUGGGGAGGUGUUGUCCCUGGAAACCAGCUUGAGCUGAGGCCCAUGGUGCGGGCCGGAGUGGCUGGAUUUAAGUGCUUUCUUAUCCACAGUGGUGUUGACGAAUUUCCUCAUGUGAGCGAGAAGGACCUGCAUGCUGCAAUGAAACAACUCCAGGGCACACAGAGUGUUUUACUGUUUCAUGCAGAGCAGGAGGUCCAUCCACCUAUGGCAGAGGAUGGGGAUCCAUGUGAGUACUCAACGUUUCUGAGGUCCAGACCUGAUGUCAUGGAGCUGGAGGCCAUUCGGACCGUUACACAACUCUGCCUGCAGUACCAAGUCCGAUGCCACAUUGUGCACCUGUCCUCAGCCGAGUCUCUGGGGCUGAUCCGAGCAGCUCGACAGGCUGGAGCUCCAUUAACAGUGGAGACGACACACCACUAUCUCACCCUGAACUCAGAGAACAUCCCAUUAUGUGCCACACAGUUCAAGUGCUGUCCUCCCAUUCGGGACAAAGCCAACCAGGAGCAGCUGUGGUCUGCACUAAGAGCUGGUGAAAUAGAUAUGGUUGUAUCUGAUCACUCUCCCUGCACCCCCGACCUGAAGCGCUUGGACAGUGGGGAUUUCAUCCAGGCAUGGGGCGGCAUUUCUUCUCUGCAGUUCGGUUUGCCCCUGUUUUGGACCUCAGCUCGUAAGAGAGGUUUUGCUUUUCCUGAUGUAGUAAAACUCUUGAGCGAAGAACCUGCACGUCUCUGUCGCCUUGACAACCAAAAAGGUAGUCUCGUGCCAGGUCACGAUGCAGACUUAGUCAUCUGGGAUCCAGAGAAGGAAUUUACAGUAAACGAGGAAAACAUAUUUCACAAAAAUAAACUAACUCCAUAUCUUGGCUUGACCUUAUGUGGGGAGGUAAAGGGUACCGUAGUUCGGGGGAAACUUGUGUAUUUCAAUGGCUCCCUUAGCCCUCAGCCACUAGGACAGAGCUUACUCAUAAAUCAAACCCUAAACCCAGCUUCCCAGUAAACCUCCCUCACUUCAACUUCUGCAUAUCCCAAGAUUUCUUCAGUCUUUCCUACAUUUUGGGGAGUAUUUCUUUCUCUGGGGGCAUGUCUUAGGGGUUAACAUGUUUGCCUCGCACCUCUGGGGUCGGGGGCUCGAUUCCCACCUCUGGAAAAAAAUGGAUGGAUGGAUUUGUUUCUCUUCAUGGAUGCUCAAAGAAUGUGGGGCUUGAGGGCCUGUAAAGCCCACUGUGACAUGAUUGUGAUUUUGGGCUGUGUAAAUAAAUUUGAUUUGACUUAAA